UUCAAGGUCGUAACAAUCCGGCGACUAUACUUUUGUCAGUACAGCUCUAGUUGUCGAUCAAACAUCUCAACUAGCGUUUGGAGAUUAUUUACAAUAAUGCACCUCAAACGAAAUGACCCUAAACCACUGAUUGAUCCUAAUCGCCUAACUCUCAUUGGAUUCAGAUUUUGCCCUUAUGUUGAUCGUGUCAGACUAAUAUUGAGUUACUACAAGAUUGAUUAUGAUCUUAUCAAUGUUUCAUUGGCUUCAAAACCUGAAUGGUUUUUAGAAAUGUAUCCAAUUGGCAAAGUUCCAUUAUUAUUAUUACCAAAUGAACAAAAAUUACCAGAAUCCGAUGAGAUUAUACGUCAUAUAGAUAAAUUAUAUGGUUCUGAAACUUUAUUAUCCCAUUGUGGUAUUGAAGAAUUUGAAAAAGCUAAAGAACUUAUUACUGGUAUAUCGAGACCAAGUUAUAUGAUUAUGUGUGUGCAAGAAAUAAAUCUAUGUGAUGUAUCACUAUAUCGAGCAGCAUGCAAUAAGAUAAAUGACGCUAUCAAAGGUCCAUAUUUUACUGGUCCUGAAUUAAGUCUAGCCGAUUUGAUUUUGUUUCCACAUUUGCAUCGAUUCGAAGUAGUUAUGGGUCGAAUAACCGGUAAAAAACCAGAAGAAAUCAAUGAACUAAAUAUAAAUGAUGAAUUACGUAAAGAAUUCCCUAAAUUGACUGAAUUUUUAGAUACAAUGCGUAAACAAUCAUUUGUGAUUGAUGUUACUAUCCCAUAUCGUAUUCAUGUUCAAUAUGCGGCUUCAGUACUUUCAGGUCAUGCUAAUCCAGACAUAGAAUAG